GGGGCAGAAUGUAAAGCUUAGAGACCGUAUACCAUUUAGUGCUCAACAACGUUCUGUAACAACGAUGUAAAAAUCUUAACAAGUGUGACCAUUCUCUCCGCAAUCAUCUGUUUAUAUCGGUUGUUGUUGGGUUGUUUUUGCCAUCUAAUUGGCUUCCCACCGGUUGCAAUGAAAAUAUAUUUCCUGCUGCUCUUGGCUCUCCCUAUCGCCCAGUUGGACGCCUCAAAGUCCGGCACAUCCGACCAAGCGACCAUUGUCGAGUGCCCCGGACGCAGUGUGCCCCAGAUCCGGUCGGAAGCAUCAGAGUCCGAGAUCUCGCUGCUUUUUUACUACGUGUCCUGGGCCAGCGAAGCACGUCAGGCACGACUGGUCUACAAUGGAAUGGCCCACUACUACCAGGAGUACGCCUUCUUCGGAGCCAUCGAUUGCUGGCACUUACAGUGCAAUUGCAGUCGUACUUUAAUGCCGGCAUCCGGAGUCGCCGGCGCAGGCGGUUAUCCUGACAAAUGGCCGACACUGGUCGUGCGUUACGGCCAGAAGCAGUUGCUGCAGUACCAGGGUUCGUGGAGCUUUGAGGAGCUCGCCCGGUUCAUGAAUAACCUGCUUCAGCCACUGGACCGGGCACACAGUAGUCAGAAUCUUGCCGCCAUUCGAAAGCACUCGGAUGCCGUGGUUCUGGGACUGCUCGACUCGCCGGACGACAAGGCCUACAAGCUAUACUUGGCAGCCAGUCUGCGCUGGCUGGAACUGGAUCCCGAGAGGAAUAUCCGCUUCACCGUGAACUUUGGCAACAGUGCCAGGAAGAUGUGGAAGUCUUUAGACGCCAAGCUGCCCCAGUUUGUAGUUAUCGACAGCCGAAAUGGAGUUCAUACGUUUAAUGGUACUUCCGGAGUCUGGAAGUCCAUGGACAUUUUGCGCUGGGUACGGAGCACCCUCAAAAAUAUGUCGCUGUUUUCCAAUAGCUAUGGCAAUCCUAUGACCAUUGCCAUGAAGGCGCGACAUGUUCCCGUGCUAGCUAUGGGAGUUCGAAUGAACCAAUAUCACCAUGCAAGUGUCAUGGGUGAGGAGUUGGCUAACGCUCAAAAAAAGCAGUCGGAGGGAUGCGAGAAUUACUGGAAAAAGAUGGAGGAGCAAUCUGAAGGCUCCCCCUCCCUAAUGCAAGUUCCCAAGGAGCUGUUUCGGGAUUGUGAACAAACCCGGAGUUGUUAUCCUGCCUGGAGUAAAAACAAGGCCGUACUGAAGAAUUAUUAUCGGAUUAACAAGUAUCUUAACCACCUAUGGAGGCAGUACUCACACCAUAAUCAUCCAAGUUAUCGAAACGUCCCCCACUUGCUGCGGCUGCACUCCAGAAACCUUUGCCUGGCACACUCACAGCAUGGAACGCCGGCCAUAAAAAUUGGCAUUGCCAAGAUGGUAACCAAAUAUGGCCAGCUCAUUUGGCAGCAUUCUACUGAGCACGCAGCACACAAUCGUUCGCUGGGCGUGGUGAUCUUCGAUUCUGUGAAAUAUAGAGACUAUUUACAUCAGCUUGGCAUUCAACAGCAGCAUCAGCAAGUGCAGGCUUUCAUCUUGGAUGCGGCAGAAGAGUCGCUGUAUGUUAUGCCACAACAACACACAUUCUCCUACGUAGCUCUCAAGGAUUUUAUACGGCAGUUUUACGCCAGAACUUUGCCAAGGACUCACAAGAAUGGUCCUGCCAUGAUGGAUUCUGGGUUCAGUAAAAAAUACAACAGGCAAAUGCUGUUGCAGGCGCUUCAGCGACCAAAUGCCACCAAUGUGGUAUUUAUACACCGUCCUGACUGCGCUCUGUCCGCCGUUCUAUCCCAAGCAUUUCUGCAGGUUUCGGCGCUACUGAGCAGCCCCGAGGUGCACUUCAUACGCUUCGAUAGCCAGGCGAAUGACUUGCCCUGGGAGCUGGCCAUGCCAAUCACGCCCUCUCUAAUUGUCUUCCCCCAGGUAAAGACCGCGGAAUCCGUGGUGUUCCCGACCGAUGUGCGGAUUGAUGUGCAAAGCGUUUUUGCCUUCGUGAUCGCCCAAUUGGAGCCGGAGCAGCAGGUGCGUUCGGUCCUGACCAGCUGCAGGCGGCGGAUGCGAAACGUUAGGAGCUGUCUUGACUUUGCCCGCAACCUGGUACUGCAGCACGUUAGCCAAUACCUCAAAUUCUGGGAGAUCUAUGAACGUGAGCGGGACGCCAUUCUUUCCCACCUAAAGGAGUUCAACAACCUCCACAUGUCCAUCGAAAGUAGCAUUCGAUUAUAGCGAAAUCCCUCUAAAAAAUAUAACUUUAGUUAGUAGUUACCGUUGAUAAUUCCAGGAUAGGCAGCUGCCCACCUGCUCUCCUUUAGCACGUAAGUCUAAAGUUGUCUCUUCAUAAGGUAUUUAACAAUCAUAGUUGUAUAAAGUUACAUAUAAAAAAGAUAAAUCAA